AUGUCAGCUGAAGAAGCUAUCAAGAUAGAGGAAGAUCAUCAAGAAAAAGAGGAGAGUGUUUAUGAUCCAGAUAAGAUAAAGAUUCUUCCCGGAGCUUCUGAAGAUGGGACAUCUGCAUCUUUUCAAAUUCUCGAUGAAGACCACACUUUAGGAAACGCUUUACGUUAUAUGAUUAUGAAAAACCCUGAAGUUGAGUUUUGUGGAUAUAGUAUACCACAUCCUAGUGAGAAUAAAUUGAAUGUAAGGAUACAGACAUAUGGGAAUAUAUCUGCGGUAGAGGCUUUACAUCAAGGGUUGGACAAUUUGACUGAAUUGUGUGAUGUUGUAGAAGAGAAAUUUGAGGAAAAGUUGCGUGAGGCAGAGCAAGAUAGUGGAGCAGCACUGGCUGUCGGGCAGAGCGAGAUAAUGGAGUUUAGCAAGGAGGAGAUGUGA